AUGUCUCAAGAGCAGACAGAACAAGUUCGCUUACUUAAUUCCCUUGUUAGGGCAGAUAAUAACCAUUCACAGGUGAAGCAAGAAUUAGUUAUGCAAAGACAACCAGAAUGGGGUUUAUUAGAGAGGGCGGGUUUAAUUAAGAAAGGAAUGGCGGAGGCAUUGGCGGGGCUGCAUGCGCUAGAUGCAGAACAAAGAGCUGAUGCUAUAGAAGAGGGUUUGUGGUGCAGUCGGUCACGAACAUCGCGAUUUACUGAUGAAGAAAUUCAAUAUUUUAUUCAGGGUUUAGUUGGUGGUCGUUUCCCUGUAUCAGAGGCAGGGAGGCUAGAUGCUCUUGUUAAUAUUCUUAAAAUUGAUACAUGGAGGCCUUUUGUGUGGGAUACCCGCAACGUGCCGGACUUGCUCUUGAAGAAUUUAUCUCUUAUGCAGCCCCCUAGUGUAGUAUAUAAGGCAGUGUUUUGUGUUUGGCUCCUUUCCUUCCAUGAGGGUUUUCCUAAUCAAUUAACAGAAACAGGAAUACUUAAGGCUACUUGUGAGGUCUUAAAAGAAUCAAGAGUAGAAAAGAUAGUGCGCGUUGGAUUACAUGUCAUUGACAAUUUCUUAUCUUGCGAAGACGCCGUUGAAAUCAUCAUCGAGGAGAACCUCGCUCAGAUAUUGACAUUAUUAGAGUUUGAGAAAUGGCGUGAUGCGGAUAUGGUUUACUAG